AUGUUCAACUAAGCAUAAUAUGCUAUAUUAGGUAAGACCAGAAAUAUUAAACAAAUUUUACAAUUUAGAUUGGUAAGCAGAAGAGCCAAAGAAACUGUAAAAUUACUGCUUCCGAAAUAAAUACAUAAUUUAUAGUAGUUAAUAGAUGAAUAAUAAAAUGACAUAUAAAUUAAGAUAUAAAGUGCAUAGCAGGCAGGCAACGAUCAAGAUUAGCGAUAAAGUUUGUAAGCAGCUUUGGAUGGAAUAGCAAGAAUUAAUAAAGCUCAUAUUGUUGAGCUGAAAAGCUUUGCCAGACCACCUGAAUUAGUUGAAAAGAUUAUUAAUUUAACUUGCUUUGCUUUAGAUCCGACUUUUAAAAUGUAAAAAGAUAAUUGGAAGGAAUGCAUAAAGUACCUAAAUUAAUACAACGUUAUAGAACUCCUUAAAACUCAUGAUAUUAGUAGCAUAAGCGAAAAACAGAUAUAAUAGCUUGAAUAGGUUAAGAGUAUUUCAGAAUAAUAAGCAGCUGCAAUUUCUCUAGUCGCAAGUUCUAUCCUCAUUUAUUUGAAAGCUGUGUUAGAAUUAAGAUAGUCUUAAGUUUACGUGAAUUAACAUGCAAUAAAAGAAUUAGAAAGCAAAGUAAAGAAAGAAAAACAAUUGAUUGAUGAACUAGGAAAGAUCAUUAAUAAUUGA